AUGAAAUGGCGUGUUAAAUACUUUUGUACGUGUCGAGAGACACGAAACAGCGAGGUUCCAGAAACAUUGGAGGAUCCCCGCUGUUUCCAUGAGCUGAACUAUUUAUAUUUCUGUGAAGAUUGUGCGGCGAUCCGGUGCAACUAUUGUGUCGACAAAGAAGUAAAGGCUAUUUUCUGUCCGUCGUGUCUGUUUGAGACCACCCAAACAUCAGCGGUAGCAAGUGGAAAUGUCUGCUUGCGAAAUUGUCUGCGGUGUCCUGAUUGUUUGGCAAAUUUGAUUGUGAGCUCUGUUGAUUUAGGCUAUAGUGCGCGAUGUGCUGUGUGUGCUUACCAUGUGGAGCUUGCAAAGGGUCGCCCGCUAGCUGCGCAGGCUGAAGACGUUGCGGAAAGCGAAAGAAUCGAGGGCCUGAAGAAUGCCUUUGUAAAUGGUAGCGAAAUUGAGCUCAAGCUGCGGGACCCGGUUAAACUGCCGCUGCGAGUGCCCUUGAGAGCCCGCUAUUCCAAGUUCUGUAAAUACUGCAGGAAUCAGGUCGCCGAUCACGAUCCCCAGCCCGCGUCGGCCAAGGUUAUCAAUGCGGUGAUGGCGAGGUCAAUGGUGCCCGAGAUCAAGGUUCUGACGGGGACCGAUCAGCCGCGAAUGGUAGUAUCCAAUCCGACCCCACUGGAAUUGCAAGUUACGCUGGCCAGCAAGUCUGGAAUCAGGUUUGCUGUGACACAAUUGACUCUCAAGCCUGGAUCCGGCAAACGAGAUGAUCUGAGUUUGAUAAGAGGAGUCCCAGAAUGCUUAAUUGGUCGAGAAACUACUGCAUCUAGACAAGUGUUUAUGGAAGGGUCGCGAAAACGGCAGACUGGGGUUGAACAGGGCAUAAACUGGGCCCUUAUAGACCUCGAGGUUCCCAAAGACACAACACAAUUCAACGUUCAAGUCUCGGUAAAAUUCAUUGCUGGCAAUGAAACUAUGUCGCUAACCCUCUGGCUACUAUGUCGAAAUGAAUAA